GUAAAUAAAUUUCACGUGUUGGUGUGUGUAAAAAUGUCUACCGGCAUCGCAGCGAAAAGACCCAAAAUUGUGUCCUCUCAGCCCGAGGAGAGGGUUGACUGGAAGAAAAGAAAAGCGGAAAUAAAGGAAGCUAAGAAGCAAAGGAAAGAGGCCAAGCUGAUUAAACAGCUGGAAAAGCAGAAAAAGGAAGAGGAUGCAGAGAGAGCAAAACUUGAACAAAGCCAGAACAGAAAAGGUCGGGCUUACACAGUGAGUGUGGCCCUGCCAGGUUCUGUCCUGGACAACGCUCAGUCCACUGAACUUCGUACAUACCUGGCUGGACAGAUCGCUCGAGCCUGCGUCGUCUUCUGUGUUGAUGAGAUCGUUGUGUUUGAUGAACAAGGGGAAGAUGUUAAGAGUGUUGAAGGAGAAUUUAAAGGUGUUGGGAAGAAAGGACAUGCUUGUAUUCAGCUCGCCAGGAUACUUCAGUAUCUCGAAUGUCCACAGUAUCUGCGCAAGUGGUUUUUCCCAAAACAUCAAGAUUUACAGUAUGCAGGUUUGCUUAACCCUUUAGACAGUCCUCACCACAUGAGGAUAGAUGAGGAGUCAGAAUACCGGGAAGGAAUCGUCCUCGACAGACCAACCAAACAAGGAAAAGGUUCAUUGGUCAACUGUGGAAUGAGGAAGGAUGUUAGGAUUGAUAAACAGCUACAGUCUGGACUUCGAGUCACAGUACAGCUCAACAAAACACAGGAUGAAGAGAGCAAAAUAAAUAAAGGUGUGGUAGUGGCUCCUCACGUGCCCAGGACUGAAGGUGGUCUCUACUGGGGUUACAGUGUCCGCCUGGCUUCUUGUCUCAGUGCAGUUUUCACAGAAAGUCCAUACAAAGACGGAUAUGAUCUGACUAUUGGCACAUCAGAGAGAGGCAGCAACAUGGACCAAUCCCCACUGUCGCCAUUCAAGCAUCUUUUGAUAGUCUUUGGAGGUCUUCAGGGAUUGGAGGCCAGUGUAGAUGCUGACCAAAACCUGGAAGUGACUGACCCCAGCGUUUUAUUUGACCUGUACCUCAACACAUGCCCCGGUCAGGGCAGCAGGACCAUUCGCACAGAGGAGGCCAUCUUAAUUUCCAUGGCAGGGCUGAAACCAAAAAUCACAGCUGCCUUUUCAGAUGUCUCCAAUGGUUCAUAAUAGAUUUGGUGAUGCAGGAAAGUAAACAGACAUGCUGGCAGAUAUUUUAUCAUCUGGUAUUAACCAUGAAGUUAACCACAUAACAGUGAGUUGAGUGUUGUUAAUGCUACAUAUCCGUCAGAUAUCUUUGUGUUGUGUAGUUGUCGUUCUGUAUUUUUGUUUCUAAAUCAACACAUUGUACAUAUUUAAAUACAAAUACUAUCCCCAA